CAUUUAUCUCUAUGCUAGCACUAGGAAGAGACGAUGUCCCAACAAAUCAAGGAGGAGAUUAACUUCAGGAAGAAGCUGUCAUAGCUCUGUUAGCGCUGACACGCUGGAUUAGCAGUGCUGCACAACUGGUCAAGUGUGGCCUUUGGCUGGGCUCUGCUUGUGCCUCUUCACAACCAUCCCCUUGUGAUGCUGCAGUUGCUUUGGUGAGGAGUUAAAGCUGCGGUUGAAGCUUGACCCAGCUGCAUGAAAUAUGGGUGACGACAGGCCGUUUGUGUGCAAUGCCCCCGGCUGCGGACAGAGGUUUACAAACGAAGACCACCUGGCUGUUCAUAAACACAAGCAUGAGAUGACAUUGAAAUUCGGCCCCGCUCGAACCGACUCAGUCAUCAUCGCAGAUCAGACUCCGACCCCGACUCGGUUCUUGAAGAACUGUGAAGAAGUGGGACUCUUCAAUGAACUGGCCAGCUCCUUUGAGCACGAGUUCAAAAAAGCUGCAGAGGAUGAUGAGAAAAAGAGUGCUGGAGCCCUGGAUAUGUCUCUGCCCUCCACUCCGGACAUCAAGAUAAAGGAGGAAGAGCCAGUAGAGGUGGAUUCAUCCCCACCAGACAGCCCUGCCUCUAACCCACAGUCACCACAGAACAAGGAGAAGGAGAUCACCUCCAAGCCUGUCAUCAUUUCUACACCUACUCCAACCAUCGUGCGGCCCGGCUCGCUGCCGCUACACUUGGGUUACGACCCGCUCCAUCCUACGCUGCCUUCCCCAACCUCUGUCAUCACCCAGGCUCCCCCUUCCAACAGGCAGCUCGGGUCUCCCACAGGUUCCCUUCCCCUUGUCGUGCAGCUCGCGAAUGGACAGACCAUGCCCGUGCUCCCAGGCCCUCCCGUGCAGAUGCCUUCUGUUAUAUCGCUGGCUCGGCCAAUGUCCAUGGUGCCGAACAUUCCCGGGAUUCCUGGGCCGCCCAUCAACAGCAGCGGGUCCAUUUCCCCAUCAGGACUUCCAGUGCACUCUGAAGCCAAAAUGAGGCUGAAGGCCAGCUUGACGGCAUCUUCCUCACUGAACGGCAGCAACCUGGUGGUGGGCUCAGCCAGCACGAUGGUGACCGCACGUCCGGAGCAGAGUCAGAUCCUUGUCCAGCACCCUGAUGCACCUUCCCCAGCUCAACCACAGGUCUCCCCAGCCCAGCCCACCCCCAGCACCGGCGGGCGGCGGAGGCGCACGGUGGAUGAGGACCCGGAUGAGCGCCGGCAGCGGUUCCUGGAGCGGAACCGGGCAGCAGCGUCCCGCUGCCGUCAGAAGCGCAAGCUCUGGGUGUCCUCCUUGGAGAAGAAAGCUGAGGAGCUCACGACCCAGAACAUCCAGCUGAGCAAUGAAGUUACGCUACUGAGGAACGAAGUUGCUCAACUCAAACAGCUCCUGCUGGCUCACAAGGACUGCCCCGUCACUGCACUACAGAAGAAGACACAGGGCUAUCUCGAAAGCCCAAAGGAGAGCUCAGAGCCCACGGGCUCCCCUGCUCCCGUUAUCCAGCACAGCUCCGUGACGGCCUCUCCCAACGGGCUCAGCGUGCGCUCGGCAGCAGAAGCAGUUGCCACCUCGGUGCUCACGCAGAUGGCAAGUCAAAGGACAGAACUGAGCAUGCCGGUACCGUCACACGUCAUCAUGGCUCCACAGUCCCAGUCUGCUGGCAGAUGAUGUCCCAGCCUGGGCGUGUGACACGGAGCUCCCCACCAACUCACAGCCGCAGAGACUGAGCGUACCCAUGGCCCUGACGAGUUGGGGAAUGAUGAGGAUUUGUAUUUCUUUUCUUCUUUGAGUCUUUUCAAGUGAGUUUAAGGGCAGCCGUGGCGCUUCUCACACUGCAUAGCCUGUACAGACCCUGCCCGGCCACCGCCUGUCCCCACGGGACAGCCACACCUCUUGGGGUUGACAGUCUGUCAACUCGCAGAGUGACCCGAACACGCAGAGCUCACUUGGAAAAGCACCUUGAAAGGUUCGCUUUCAGGUAUCAGUUACAUUAACACUAAACCUCCAUGCUCAGUGCAUCCUCUUGGCGCUUUCACUCUUCCAAGUCCCCCCCUUUCUCCCUCCUCCUUCGCUCCCGGCAAAGGAAAAACAGCUCUUGGGAGGCUGUGACAUUUAGUCGUGCUGUCAAUGUAUUUUAUUUUUAACAGCAUGCUGCUUCCAGGCAUCUGCUCCCCCCUCUGCUCUCGCUACCUGAAACAUUGCACCUUCGCACAAGAAGCCUCCCUGAGCUCUGAGGUUAAAGGGAUCGAGGUUUGUUUCCUCGCACACUCACUCCCAAGAUGCCAGCAACAGGUUUUUGGACACGUUGGGAAUGGAAUUGCCAUAAAUCAGUUUGUGCCCAGUGACUGGGAGAGGGGGACACGGGGCUGGGGGGUGACACACGUGUUCCUGGUCGCUUGUGCCACACCGGGAGCUGCAGACGUUCAUGGAUGCUCUCAUACUGGGAUGCUGUGGUUGCUGGAGUAAAGGUACCGGCUGGUUUAGCAGCAGAGGGGCUGCUCUCAGUCUUCCCUACAGGAAUUGGUGCUGCUCUGUGCCCGCUGGGACCGGUGCAAAGGUGCUCUGGGAGGUACAUGCAAGGAUGAGCCGUCCCAGCAGGCAGGAAUAACCCGAGUCCCAGAAUUCAUCGUCUGCUCCCAACUCCACUGCAAAGAAAUCCCUCCAUUUCCAAGGAUCAUCUCCUCCACAUGUAAACUCCAUGACCUUAACAAUGGUGGCCUUAACUCAUGAAUUAGUUGCCUGUUCCAAGGGAGGGAGCACGAUGUAGUGUUUCUGUUUGCCUGGGCUUUUACCUCUUCUUCACGAUUCUCUUCCGCUCUCGGUGAUGGAGCAUCCAUUGCUUCCCAGCCAGAGCGAAGGAAGAGCAGAGCUUCCAGUUUCAUGGCGUGGGUUAAAAACCCACCCUGGAUGUUGAAAGAUGCUUGGAAUCGGGUCGGUUUUCUUGUGUGUGUGUGUGUCUGUGUGCGCUUCCCGAGGCGGCAAGCGACUGGAAUCAGGAGUUUGGAAACGGGAAGGGGUGCUCCGUGCGCCCGGGCUCGUGGAAGGAACCUCACCAAAGUCUGUGGAGCUGCAUCAGCCCUUGGUCUUCCUCUCCUCCUCGGGAGGUCCCUCCUCACCUGAGCUCUCGCCCACCUCAGGUUGCACUCGCCACUUUUGAGCCAAGUUGGUGUGUCAAAGUGAUUGCGUUUGGCUUCUCCACACUUGGAAGGUUCCCAGGGACAGCAAAACCCAAAGCAUAGUCUGAGCAAGAAACCAGAUCCCGUUGUGGAUGGGGGCAGCUCAGCCGUUGGUGUUUCUAAUCGAUGGGAUCUGUCUUCCUACCCCUUCUUCCCUCUUCUUCAGGUCCGGGUUUGGUUGGUUGAUGCUGCUCUCGUGCUCCUGGGGCUUCUCUUGCUUCCAAAGUUGUCUCACGCGGAAUCGGGGUCACUUCUGGCCUUGGCAGUUCUCAUUCCCGGUUUGGAUACUUCACAGACUCCCCCCCAGACCCACCUUUUGCUUCUGGAAAGCUGCUUCUGCAGAGUCUGUACCCAGAUAUUUCAGCUCUUCCUAUCCCAACGUUGUUGUGUUGCUGCAGCGAGGGGUUCGGCAUGUCUUAGCACCGUGAGACCUGGACAGAAAGAGGUUUCAGCCAGACCAGGGAUCAGGAGCUGUUUGGGAUGGGCAAGAUCUAGAGCCAGAGGGUUAUGCAGGACAUAGAAGAUCCAGCCUGGCUUUGCCUCCUCUCUUGGAGCUGCUGCAGGGUGUGGGUUGUGGAGCUGGGACAGGGAACAGCAGAAACCCUGUCUAUAACCCACUUCGGUCUUGAGAUCUGCCCAAUUUGCUUCGGGGGGGGGCCUUUGGAACAAGCGUGUGUCUCUCUUUAUUUCCCUGGGAAUAGCAGGAAUGACAAAAAUGUGUUCUAAACAUAUUUGCUUCCUUGAAUCCGUGUUCUUGGUGUGUAGUGCUCCGUGUGGAGCUGGGGCAGCGGCUGUGUCCGACAGCAGCUCACCAGCUCCUCCUAGGCUCCAUAAGCGUUCGGCUUUGCAGGAAAACCCCCUCUGUCCAGGGAAAACGUUGGUUGAAAGAAGGGAAUAAGCAGGAAUUGAGCUUUGGGCUCAUCCUGCCGCUGGUGCCUUGUUUGCUUCGUGGUGUUGGGGUCAGCUGGAUGAGGCAGAGGCGAGGGGAUGGUGGGGUUAGAAGGAGGGAACAUUGGAGAGGCAGCAGAUGGGGAGAGGGCCACACACGGCGGCGUUGGCAUCGAAUGCAGCAGCUUCCCCGACACUUAAUGUUGUCUUUAGGGACUAAAAGUGACCCGAUUUUCUGUGGUUGGAGAGCAGAGAUCUCAGACAUUGCUCAUGAUGAGUGGAGACACACAGAGAGUGGCUCUUCCCCCCAUCUCCCUGUCCCUCUAUGCUCCUGAUGCCAUCAGUGCUGCCCUGUCCCUCUGUGCUCCCAUGCUUAGUGCCUUGGAAAACCCCCAAAUCUAUGAGAACACCAUUGUAAAGCUCCAAACCUGGGCAGAGAACGAGUGUCUGAUCAAAUCUUAAUGGUUUCUUUCAUUUAAUCGACAGGGUUCCAGCUUUCUGUGUCCUUUUUGGGGGUGUUUUACCCCCAAAGCAUCCCAUACCUGAACCACUGCUGUGGAAGCAGGUCUCUGAGCAGGUUUUGGGUCUUGCCAACAGCAUCCCUGCAGUGAGGAAGGCAAACCAAAACCCCAGCAUGAGCCUUUGCUAAUGCAUCUCCCCCCCAGCCAGCAACUGGGGAACCCUCUGGUCCCAUCCCAGUGGGACGAAUGGACUUCCCAAGCCAUAAAUGUCACUUUGGAGCUCAUGGGGUGAGGUUCAUCCUUCUUGUGGUCACAGAAGCUGAUGCUGAGCCGGUCCCAAGCCUCAGGAGCUGAAUGUCACUGGUGGCUGUCACUUUGCCAGCGGGAUGGACAUGUUUCGGUGACUCUUUCCAGGCUCUCCAGUGUGUUCUCCUCUCCUGGAUCACUCCUGUGCUGAUCCCAGGGAGCCGAUGGGCUCCAAGCGCUUCCAACGACUCCAAAGAGCCAAGUGGCUGCUGGGUUCUUGCCCUGCAUCAUCCCCUCCUUCCUCAUCAUGUCUCUGUGAGGUUUCUUCUCCAGGUUGUAGCUGUAGAGGGCAAGUUUUGGCUUUGGUGGUGUUUCGGGGGUGGGUUUGGGUGUAAGGUGGCCUUUCCAGCCAGUUUGGUGAUGCAGGUUCCCCCUGGACCCAUGGAGACGGGUGAGGGUGAAGGUGGCGUUUUCCUCUCUUCUUCCCUGUGCUGGUUCAGCUCUUGCUUGAAGACUUUCAGGGCAAAAGCCCCACUGAUCGCUUGUUGUCUGCUUCAGGGUGAUUCCUCCUGCUCCCCACAGGCUCCUGAGGGAUGGAGCACCCCAGACCCUGCUCUUUGCCUUAACCAGAACCCUGCUUAGAAUCACCCAGGAUCAUCCAUCCCUCCUCCGUGGCCUAUUUGACAUGAUCCUGGGGCUCCUCCAGGAGCUUGAAGGUCAUGUUUUGGUGGUGAUGGAGGUGGGGAGACCCCCAGGGCUGGCACCAGCCACUGGGAUUCAUGGAUCCGGCUUCAUUGUCCUGGUGAAUAGAAAGAAAUGGCUGAAAACCACAUCCCAGGGUGGUUGUUCCCUGGCUGAAAGGCCUUGGCCUUCAAAUCCCUUGGGAUUAGGGAGGUUGUGGGGUUGGUGCCACCUUUUCCCACUCAAUGUAGCUCCUUGGUUCUGGAUUCUGAUGGCUCAGCAGAUCUGGUCAGUGUUGGACUUCAUGGACCCGUUUCGCUCUGGUUCCUCCCCAGUUCCGUGCCCUGAAACAAGCCCAGGAGGUGACAAAGGGACACGAUGGUCCCUGGGGAUGUGGGAGGAGGGUCUGGGGUGUCCCUUUGUUCCCCCCACGCUGCUUCCUAUGCCGAGCUUCCAUGGGAGAAGCCAAGAAAAAGGACCCUCCCCCCCCGAGGGUGUAGUAUCUAUUAAACCCCACGUAUCUAUUGAGUAUAUACAGCCCUAUAUAGACAUAUAAGCAACUUCCCGAGCGGAUGCGCAGCUCCUUAUGGUUUUUCCAGCUGUAACCCCCUUCCCGCAGUGUCCCCCCACCCUGUGAGCGGGUCCUCACAGCCCCCUGGGGACACGGGGACACACGGGGGGGCCACGUCUCGUACCAAACAUGUAACGUGCCUUUUAUUUAUGCUGCAAAUAUAACAUUAAAUAUUACCCAGGA